CUAGAAGCCAGAACCUUUCGAAGUGCAAAUUAGUUGCGAAGAGAGGAAGCGUCAAAAAAGCAAGUCCGAUCUUGCUGACUGCGAACCGACCGACCGUGAAAUUGCACCUUUCGAACAGUGAAUUAUUUUUAAGAUAGUCGUACAAUUUUUCGUAUUUAAAAUUUCAACGAGCUGUCAAGAAAGAUCGAUCAACAAAGUUAUCGCGUCGAAUCCUUGCCGUUGCGAUGGAGGAAUAAAUGAACAGAAUAGAGUACAUAUGUUACAUAUAAUAAAACAGAGAAAGUUGCAAUCGCGCCAACGGCAGAUGUUUUGUGAUUGUAUAGCGCCGUUCACGGCGUAGUCCAAAGUUAAAUAAGGUUGGGAGGAGAUAUACCAUAGAACCAUAACCAGUAAUGUUGUGGUCGACAAAUUUGCGAACCAACUAGUCUGAUUGUGAGACACAUCGGUGUAUACUUGGAACUUGGCGAAUCACUGGUAUAGUGGUAAAACUGAAGGGUCCGGAGAGCACGAAGGCGAGAAGAAAUGAGUUGGACGUGACACAAUGACAUGAUGAAGAGCCUGGUGGGGAUCAUGUGGAUAGUGUUGGUGCUCAUAUCAGGAUGCUCAGGAAAUCCAGACGCGAAGCGACUGUACGACGAUCUCCUGUCGAAUUACAACAAGCUGGUACGUCCAGUGGUCAACGUCACAGACGCCCUCACCGUUAAAAUCAAGCUCAAACUUUCGCAGUUGAUCGAUGUAAAUCUCAAGAAUCAGAUCAUGACGACGAACCUAUGGGUUGAACAGUCAUGGUACGAUUACAAGUUAAAAUGGGAUCCAAAGGAAUAUGGUGGUGUUGAAAUGUUGCACGUGCCAUCCGAUCAUAUAUGGAGGCCCGAUAUAGUUUUGUACAACAACGCUGACGGUAAUUUCGAGGUAACUCUGGCAACGAAGGCAACGUUAAAUUACACGGGAAGAGUCGAGUGGAAGCCACCGGCGAUAUACAAGUCUUCCUGUGAGAUUGACGUAGAAUAUUUUCCGUUCGACGAGCAAACGUGCGUGAUGAAGUUUGGCUCGUGGACUUACGACGGCUUUCAGGUCGAUUUGAGACACAUCGAUGAGAUACGUGGCAGCAACGUCGUCGAUAUCGGCGUCGAUCUGUCGGAAUUUUACACUUCCGUCGAGUGGGAUAUCCUCGAAGUGCCAGCCGUAAGAAAUGAAAAAUUUUACACGUGCUGCGACGAGCCCUACCUCGACAUAACGUUCAACAUCACCAUGAGACGGAAGACUCUGUUUUACACUGUGAAUCUUAUAAUACCGUGUAUGGGUAUCUCGUUUCUCACCGUGUUGGUCUUCUAUCUGCCAAGCGACAGUGGCGAGAAGGUCAGCUUAUCAAUUUCAAUUUUACUGUCGCUGACUGUGUUCUUCCUUCUGCUGGCCGAAAUUAUCCCGCCCACAUCGCUCGUGGUACCGCUUCUCGGUAAAUUCGUCCUUUUCACCAUGAUCCUAGACACCUUCAGUAUAUGCGUAACCGUGGUAGUCCUCAAUGUUCACUUCCGGUCGCCACAAACGCACGUGAUGGCACCAUGGGUCCGUCGUGUUUUUAUCCAUGUUCUGCCAAGGCUACUGGUGAUGCGCAGGUAUAAUACGUCUUCGAAGAGAACCGAUUACAAUUCCAGGCCGCAAUACCAGAUAGACAAACGUAGCAUGGCUGGUCAUCACGGUCAACGUGUAAUGGUUAGAACGUGCAACGGUCUCGAGUUACGAGAUCCAUCUUUGUUCGUGGAAACCUCGGCAUCGGAGCUGGUUGAAUCUUCCGUUCUGUUCCCGAGUCUCGAUUCGCGGGACGAAUUACACCCUCGGGAAUUGGAAGCGGUAAACUUGGGAAGCGCGUGCCGUAUUCAUGGCUCCCCAGCGGCCACAGCUGCUCCUCCACCUCAACUACCAACCGAGGAGAGCGUGGACGCUCUCUGUAACACGCUUCAUCAUUGGCAUCACUGCCCAGAAUUGUACAAGGCCAUCGAAGGCAUACGUUUCAUUGCCGACCAUACGAAAAGAGAAGAGGACUCUACCAGAGUGAAAGAAGAUUGGAAGUACGUCGCGAUGGUGCUCGACAGGUUAUUCCUCUGGAUUUUUACGUUAGCCGUGGUCGUUGGUACAGCGGGAAUAAUCCUGCAGGCCCCGACCUUGUACGAUGAUCGCAUCCCCAUCGAUGUGCGACUGUCCGAGAUUGCCUCUACCACUGCCAAGCCACACAUCGUUACAAGCCUUUGAGAGACAAUUCUUACCCCCGUGUACAACGCAUGCUCACAUACAUAAAAAAAAUACGUACAACUACAUACAAACAGCUAUAGAACGUAAUAUACGCAACGACGCGACGACGCGACGACGCGACGCAAGUAAGAAAUGUAAAAUGCGUUACCGUUGACCAGCGACUUUUACAAGAAGCAGAAGAAGAAGAAGAAGAACAACAACAAUCGCGUACUAUCAAUUAUUUCGGUGUACUACUUACAAGUGUCUGAUGUGAUUAACAUUCUGUGAAUCCAUGCGAUGCUUCUAACUACUUCAAUCAGAAUUGCUACACAAGUACUCUUCUUGUUGAAAUAUCGUUGUGUUUCUAUCGCUUGCACCUAAUUUCUUUAUCAACUCAUUCAUCGUCUAUACAUUUCGAAUAACAAUUUUAGUUGUAACCUUCUUCUCGUUGCCUUGUAAGGUUCAUUAACGAUCAAAUACCUUCCACUACUCGUAUUAUCGCACUAUGUAUCAUGAUUGAUAUAAACGAGAAUAACACUUUCUCGUUAAGGUUCAUUGAUAUUUUAAUAUCAGAUUCUUUGGACAUCAAUUAUAUUGGAAGAGAUAUUUCAUUUUCUCUAUAUAAUAUGGUGCAGUUUAAGCGUAAUAAUUCUUUUGUAUUUUACCGAACACGAGGAUAAUAGAGGUUUCUCAUCCCUGGUGUUAACGACUGAAAGACUGAAGCCUCGGCAAGUCUUUGACUUUUUUGCAUAAAUUAAAAACGAUUAACGGCCAAUUAAACUGCAGUUUUACCUGCUCAAGACAACGGUUCUCAAAAGCAUACGCACACGAGCGGCUAGAACGUAGAGAUAAAGUAAAAUGAUUAAUGGAGAUGACAAAUUUCGACUCUCUGAGCUUUAACAAAACGGUAAACUGGAUUUCUUUCGAUCUUCCUUUAAAAUCUUUCAAAAUCGAUCAGAUUAAGAUUGAUCUACUAACCCUUUGAUGAUGCUCAGAGAAAUUAUUGUUAGCCCUUAUGAUACACGUGGAUAAAAAUUGGAAGUAAUAACAAUGGCAUUCCUAGAUGAAUAAAAGUGCAAGAAAUGUGUUCUCGCACAAAUAUUAAAAGGAAUCGUAUUACGUUAAAAGUUCGUUGUUUUUUUAUUAUUAUUAAUAUACAUAUAUCGCGAACGAAAAACGUAAGCUGUAGAAAAAAUAUAUUAAAAGUAACAAGAAGAACAGGUUGUCGAAACGUGUAUGUACACGAUGUAGUAUUAAUUACGGAAAGAUCUAUAAAGGGGUUCAAUUUCGUGGCAGUUGCAUUUACGUCGCAAUUGUGAUUCUUCCAUCGACUACUACACAUGUAUCCUCGACGUUCGUACUUGAAAGAGUCAAUCCUGUUUAAGCAUCUGAUUGUGCAGAAUAGAAGAAAGAACAAAGAAAAACAACAACAGCAAGAAAUCGCAAAAACAUGGGACCGAAGCGUUAUGUAUGUAUCUAUGUAUUUUACACUCGUUAAUCUCAAAACGAAACGAAGAACGUUGAUUAUAAUGAAACGGGAAAGGAUCACAAUGACGGAAGUGUGGAUGGCAUGGGAUUCGACAAAGCCUGUUGCAGACUCAGGAAGAAUGAAAUAAAACUAUUGAAUGAUUUCAGAAAUUUACAUCGAGCCUGUAACAAUGGGGCCAUAUUUUCACAAAAAUAUUUAAAAGAAAAAGUAAACAAACCGAGGGGAAGAAGAACUAUAGGUGCCGUUCUCUCGUUGAAGCUGUAAAUUCUAAAUGUUUUACAAGAUGAAAAGGAAGAGAAAGAGAGAAAGGAAAAAAAAAUGGUUGGGCCUAAGAAAGUUUCACCGACUCAACUUUUAUUGCUCAUAAUACGUACUGUGUUUGUAAUAAGAUUAACUUUCGUAAUAAUUGCGUUCGUUUCAACAAUAUCGGCGAACCGUAGACGUUCGUUAAACAAUGUCAAAGUGGCAUGUAAAAAAAGAAAAGAAAAGAAAAGGAAAGAAAAGAAAGGCGGAAUGUGCGAAGAAAGAAGGUCAUAUAAUUUGUUCAUCCUGCGAUCGCGUUCAAAUAAUUUACUGUCUAUGCUGCGCUAUAAAAUUAAAAAAAAAAAAAAAAAAAAAACCC